AUGUAUGCACUACUGCUUGCACAUCUUGAGAGACGUAGCUUGAGUGCCCCAUGUGACUUUUACACUUCCUCCAAACGAUACUUUCUCUCUCUGUGACUGCUGAAACAAGUUUUGAGAAAUUUUUUUUUCUUUCUGGAAAACGACCAGGAACCAGCGAUGCAGAAGCAGCCAGCAAUGGUGCUUCCUGGAGCUGUUCAGAUGAGGAUCAAGAACUCUCAAAGCAGUACUGGAGAGAGACUCAGCCAGACAAAGUCUAUGGUCCUACCAGACCCUGGCACACUACAGACGCCUAUCAACCGUCACCGGAGGAACCAGUCUCAGCAUAAUGUUGGUGUUUCUGAUGGGCUGCAGACCAUUUUACAAGGAGAAUAUUUGAACAAAGCCAAAAUUGCUGAAGGAGGAAAGAAAUUACGAAAAAACUGGACUUCAACCUGGGUUGUUCUUUGCUCCAAUCAACUAUUGUUCUUUAAAGAGAGCAAACAAGAAGCCGUGGCAAAUUUGAAACCAGGUGGUAAAUCAGAUGGUGUGGAUCUGUGUGGGGCUGUAAUCGAGUGGACAACAGAGAAAUCCAGCCGAAAGAACGUGAUUCAGAUAACCACCCCAAAUGGUCACGAGUUUCUGCUGCAGGCAGAUCACUUUCCAACCAUCUCUAAAUGGCAUGAUGCCAUCAAAAAAACGGUGGACAGUCUGUCGAGUGGAGCUGGAGGCCAGAGCUGUGGCAGAGCGGGCCUAAACAGGUCCAACAGCAUAGAAUGCUUGUCCCGACCAACCUGUGAACCCGCCAAACCUAAACCAAAAGAGACCAAAUCUGAAAACAGACGCUCCAUCAUGUUCAAGCUGAAUUACAGCGCCUCAGACAGCGCCGACAAGAAUGGAGUUAAGAACAGACUGAAGAAGUUCAUCUCCAGACGGCCCUCCAUGAAAACGCUACAGGAGAAAGGCCUUAUUAAAGACCGAGUUUUUGGAUGUCACAUGCUGACCCUGUGCGAGAGAGAAAGGACCACAGUGCCCAAAUUUGUAAAGCUGUGUGUAGAGGAAGUAGAAAAACGAGGCCUGGAGGCUGCUGGGUUGUACAGGGUGAGUGGCAAUUUGGCCGUUAUCCAGAAACUACGCUUUCUAGUUGACCAAGAGGAGGAGCUUAACUUGGGCGACAGCCAAUGGGAGGACAUCCAUGUCAUCACCGGAGCGCUAAAGAUGUUUUUCCGUGAACUGCCAGAGCCCCUGUUUCCCUUUCGCUUUUUUGACUUGUUUGUGGAAGCCAUUAAAAUUAGGGAGCCCACACAGAAGGGUCAAGCCUUGAAGAAACUGAUCCAUCAAGUCCCCAAACCCAAUCACAACACCAUGAAAGUGCUCUUCCACCACCUGAGGAGGUAAGUCUCUAUCCAUACACAUAACCAGGAGCGUAACACCAACAAUUAGGUCCCACAAGA